AUGUCGAGGUCAUUUGCGAACCGCAGAAAGCCCCGCAAGAUUGGCGGGGACGAUGAAGAGGAUAAUGGCGCACAAGAUUCCGGGCCUGUUGUUAAGCGCCCUGUUUCCUCCAAAACAAAGCAAAAACCGAAAAUGCGCAUGUCGUUCGCUCCCGGGGAGACUUCAAUGGCCGACGAUGGUGAACAGAGUGAAGUGGUAAUACCUAAACGACAGGGUCUUGGAAGACGCGUACUAGAAAAUAGUGCCUUCCAGAGGUCACUCACACCAUCGGGAUCAGGUAACCAGCUCCCACUCAGGGUGGGACCGGAACAAGAUCGACCAAGUUAUAGCAAUGAAUUUUUGAAGGAACUCCGCGAUUCAACACCUUCGACCCCAAAGAAUAUUGCCGAUGAUGAUAAUAAAGAGAAGGCUGUUGAUGUUGCUGCGAAGUUUGGCGAGGUUAUGAAGGUCACAGCCCCUGCCAUCAUUCCGAGUGCAGCGGAGAUUAGGGAAAAAAAAGAAAGAAGAGCGCGGUUAGCCAAGGAACAACAGUAUGGUCUCGCAACAGAGAAGGACUUUAUCGCUCUGGAAGAUACUAUGGAGGAUGAUGAUUGGGAAUCGAGAAACGAAAAAGAAGAUUUGAAAGACACUAGACUGAUUCGUGACGAUGAGGAUUUCGCAGAGGGUUUCGACGAAUUUGUAGAGGAUGGCCGGAUAUCUCUUGGGAAGAAAGCUGAGCGCGAGAGGGCCAAAAAGCAGCGUGAAGAAAUGCGGGAGCUCAUUGAAGAUGCCGAAGGAGUUUCGGACGAGGACGACUCAGACUUAGAAGAAAAGGCGGCCUACGAAGCUGCCCAGACAAGGGCUGCCAUGGGCCACAGCAGCAAAGAACAUACAGAUCGACCUAAAACUCCCCCCAAAAUGACAUCACUUCCACGACUAUCAACUUGCCUUGACCGUUUACGCACAACCUUAGCUGUGAUUGAAAAGUCGAAAGCUCAAAUGAUUGACCGAAUGGAAGAACUGAGAAAGGAAAAGGCUGAUAUAGCUGUGCGAGAAGUAGAGAUCCAGGCUCUAGUCAAAGAAGCCGGGGAUAAUUACGAGAAACUGAAACAAGAAGCUGGCCGCACUCCUGGCUCAGAAGAUGAUAUAACUGGCGAGCGAGGAUUGGAGAGCUUUGGCAAUUCCGUGGCAGUAUCAACAGGGAGCUCCGAAAAUGAGUCCCGGCGGGACUCCAUUUCUUUCAUUGAAACCCCUAUUGACAGGAACAAUGGAACACGCCUUUACAGGCACUUUGAUGCUACCCCAAUUGAGUUGUUCUUUGACCUCUUUUUUGUGGCGAAUCUUUCUACUUUCACUGCUACACAUGAAAUUCACAAUGUAGAAGCCUUAGGGGCAUAUAUAGGCUUUCUUGGAGUGAUUUGGUUCACCUGGCUUCAAGUUACUCUAUUUGAUAUCAGAUUCGCUAGGGAUUCAAUAUUCGAACGAGCCUGCAAGGCUAUGCAACUAGCAGCUAUGGUUGGCUUUGCAUCUGCAGGCACACGGUUUACCACCCGUAUUCGGGACGAGAACGUUUGGGCCUUCCAGUCAUUGAGCCUCUUUCUAGGCGGCAGCCGGAUCUUACUCGCUUUGCAAUAUACCGUCAAUAACAUCGUCUUCGUCCGUAAACCGAUGAAAUCCGCUGCCAAAGGCGUGUCCAUCAUCGCCGCGACACUGUUUGUCUCAAGCUUCAUCUAUCUGGGGAUGUUCUAUAUCUUCAGGGAGCAGACCUGGAUCCGCUCCUAUAUAUGGACCGUUUGGUUUGCUUUGUUCGGGCUAGAGAUGUGGGUUGUAAUGGGAGUAUCUUGUGUGACACCCGGAAUUGGUCUCCAAGAUACCCACUUGAACGUAAGAAUGGGUCUCCUUACGCUAAUCAUCAUUGGCGAAGGGGUCAUAUCAGUCACCAGGAUUGUGAAUAGGACCGUGCGGCCGGGGGGCUGGACCAAGUGGUCGUUUGUACACAUUCUAGGAGUCACUACUAAUGUGUACUUUCUGUGGCAAGCGUAUUACGACCUCUCACCAACCAGCAUAUUUGACAAAUACUCCCAGCAAGUAUGGGCCCAGCUCCAUUUUCCCUUUCAUGUGGCCCUGGUUCUCCUCCUUGAAGGAUCACAGAUCCUUGCUCUGACCCUGGACAUUACCUUGAAGCUCACGUACCUCAAGGAAACUAUCAUGUUUGCUUGUGAGGAACCACGGCCCAGACCGGGGAUGGCCAUUGGUCUUCUUCGGAAUACCAUCGAGGAUAUGGAGAUUAAUUACAACCGCGGCGCAAUAAAAGAAAAGAUGGCAAUUGAUGCAAUCCUGAGGGAUUUGCCCAACCUCCCCUUGUGUCCGGGAGAGAAGGUGAUUGGCUUCUCCAUCACGAACAACCGCCUCAACGAUCUCGUGGGGAAUGUUACCGCCGCUCUGUUUUCCAGUAUGGGCAUUAUGCCUUCAGAAGAGACAAACAUCGGGCAGUUGACUAGUUCGCAGCUGCUUAGGAUGUACAUGGAGAUGCUGGGGUUUGUCUACGUCUAUUUUUUCGUUGCUGCAUCACUGGUGAUGUUUCUUUUUGCCGCCUUCGCAAUGUUGACUCGUCGCCACACCUCCUGCGCUAGCAUUGGAAUAGCAGCCCGCAUCAUUCUCGGAGUGUUCUUGAUGAGUCUGGUGUCUUUUGUCCGGCAAUUUGCGCUUGCAUACGCUUUCAUGACGUCUCCUACAAUACUCUACGCUUUCACGUUUGUUAUCUUGACUGUGUUCGGGAUUGACCGACUUUUGGACCUCUAUGAGAGCCAGAAAAAGACCAAAAUGAAUCUGACGGAAGCGGGAAAGCGUAUGCAUCCCGAUACCUGCUAG